AUGGAGGACAACAGUCAAGAAAUCCAAUAUUGCUUUCCAAACAACAAUUUGUCAUGUUUCAAAGAAAUCAAACAUGAAGUGGAGUAUGUCAUUUUGUACAUGUUCAUUUUUUUAUUAUCAGUGUUCACUGUGUUUCUGAACCUGCUGGUGAUCAUCUCCAUCUCUCACUUCAAGCAGCUCCACACUCCAACCAACCUGCUCAGUCUCUCUCUGGCUGUGGCCGACCUGAUCGUGGGACUGAUUGUUAUACCGUUAAUGGGCAUCAGAUUCAUAGAAUCAUGCUGGUAUUUUGGAGAGACAUUUUGUUCUCUUUUUUUAUUUAUUAUUUUUAUGGUUGUUACGGCAUCUCUUGGUAAUUUGUUUUUUAUAUCUGUAGAUCGUUACAUUGCUGUGAGUGACCCUUUGAGAUACGCAGUGAGGGUCACGGCUGAUAAAGUUGUUUUUUGUAUUAUUAUAAAUUGGUUGUGUUGUGGCAUAUAUUCUGUCAUUAUCUUACACGAUACUAUGUUCUACCCAGAGGCACAUGACAGGUGUUAUGGAGACUGUAGAGUAUCUUUUAAGUUUGAACAUGUUGUCACAGACCUCAUAGUCACUUUCGUUGCCCCUUCUUCUGUAAUCAUGUCUAUAUAUGUGAAAAUCUUCUGUGUUGUAAAAUACCAGGCCAAGGUUGUAAAUUCUGUCACAGGUGUCAGCAGAUCACAAAGGAAGGCAGGAAAAACUCUGGGGAUUGUUGUUGCCAUUUUCUUCAUGUGUUGGAUACCUUACUAUGUAGUCAUCCUUAUUGAAGGAAAUGAGUCAACAGAAUCGGUUGAACUUAAUGUAACAUGCUGGAUUUUGUACAUGAAUUCCUGUAUGAAUCCGCUUAUCUAUGCACUGUUUUAUAAAUGGUUUAGAAUAUCAGCUAUAUACAUUGUGACUCUAAAAAUAUUUAAACCAUCAUCUGAAUACUUCAGUCUUUUCCCAGAGGAUAAAUGA